AAAGUCUGUUGUUGUUUCCUCACGCGCAUUAGUGUAAAUCAUGGAUCCAGGACCCCAUGGAACCAAAGAAGUCAGUCUGCCAAAGUACUAAUCAAUCAUCAACCGAAGUUCCAUCAAGCAUAUCAUUUUCAUCUAUCUCGUCUCGUCUCGUCUCUCCUUCCCCAAUCCGAUCAGAUCCAAUUGCAAACUACACACCAUAAUAGUAGACGAACAAGAUCUCUGAGGAAUGGGCUACAGAAAAAGGGUUCAGCUGGGAGUUCUCAAUUGAAAUGCAGUCAAAUUCCCCACCAUUUCCGCUUAGUCCAUUCGCAUUCAAUGCUGAUUUGAGUGAAGGGGGAUUUCAAGGCACUAGGGUUUUGUUCUUUACCUCGCUGCUCUUGUAUCAAGGGGGCGGCAUGGAUUUGUCUAGGGUCGGAGAGAAAUUUCUCAACUCCGUCCGCUCCGCAAGGUCUAUUGGACUUCUCCCCCAAGUUUCUGAUCGACCUGAGGUUCCAGCACGAGCUGCAGCAGCAGCAGCUGUUGCUCGUGCUCUUGCUGGGUUACCUGCAAAUCAGAGGCAUGGUCUCUCAACGAGUUCUGAAGAGUUAACUUCAAUAUAUGGAACAAAAUCGCAGGCCCAAAUAGUGGAAGAGCCUGAAGAAGAAUUUUAUGAAGAGGAGUUUGAUCCAGUUAGACAUGUCUUGGAGCAUGUUCCUUCUGAGGAAAAUGAAUUGGCAUAUUUUGAGGAAAAGGCUGCUCUCAGAUUAGCCCAGCUGGAUUUGAUAGGAGAGAGGUUAUCUCAUCAUGUCAUGGCACACCAUGAAGUAAUGGUGAAAGGAAUGCAGUUGGUGAAAGAGUUGGAGAAGGACUUGAAGGUGGCGAAUGUGAUCUGCAUGAAUGGGAGAAGACAUCUCACAUCAUCAAGGAAUGAGGUAUCAAGGGAUCUCAUUGUUACUACAUGUUCCAAGAAGAAACAAUCUUUGCUGGAUAUGGUCCCAAUUCUGACUGAGAUUCGCCAUGCAUUGGACAUGCAACUUGCACUUGAAAAACACGUAGAGGAAGGGAAGUUCUCUAAGGCAUUUCAAGUCUUAUCAGAGUACUUGCAACUUUUGGAUAGUCUAUCUGAGCUUUCAGCAAUCCAAGAAAUGAGUCGUGGGGUUGAGGUCUGGCUAGGUAGAACCCUUCAAAAGUUGGAUUCACUUUUAUUAGGAGUGUGUCAAGAUUUCAAGGAAGAUACAUAUAUAACUGUCGUUGAUGCUUAUGCAUUAAUUGGUGAUGCAUCUGGUUUGGCUGAAAAGGUACAGAGCUUCUUCAUGCAGGAGGUUCUCUCAGAAACCCACUCCGUUUUGAAGAAUAUCUUGCUAGAGGAUUUAGAAGCUUCCAGUGCACAAAGUAACUGUUCAAGACUUACAUACAGCGAUCUUUGUCAUCAGAUACCUGAACCAAAGUUCAGGCAGUGUCUAUUAUCAACACUAUCUGUCCUCUUUAAGAUACUGGGUUCAUAUUUUGCAAUUAUGAGCUUUGAGCCUGAGAAUAUGAUCCUUGAAAGCCAAAUGCCAAUCAUUGACCAGCAGCAGGAUUGUCAUAAUGGGCUUUCUGGGUUUCCUGAUAAUGUUUCUACAGCAGAAACAUUAACCUCUAGUUCAAUGUCAUAUCAAGAACCAUUUCAAGAAGUAACAGAGAAAACAAAUAGACUGGCUCAUAUCUCUUCUACGGAUGCUCCUGCAAUGAAUGAUGCCAAAGGCACAAACUGUCCUGAUUUAAUUAAUGAUUCAAUAGAUGAUGGGUCAGAAGCCUCAAGCAGUAGAUCACCUUGGUUUCAGCUAAGGAAAGAUGCAACAACAUAUGUAUCACAGACCUUACAAAGAGGUCGGAAAAAUCUUUGGCAACUUACAACAAGCCGUGUGUCAGUCUUACUUUCUUCGGCUGCUGUCUGUUCAACUAGUAUUCACCAGUUUCUUAGAAACUAUGAAGAUCUGAAUGUCUUCAUCUUGGCUGGGGAAGCUUUCUGUGGAUUUAAGGCAGUGGAGUUCAGGCUGAAAGUCAAAGCAAUUUGUGAGAAUUAUUUUGUUACUUUUCAUCGCCAAAAUAUAUAUGCUCUGAAAAUGGUCUUGGAAAAGGAAAAUUGGCUAAAACUUCCACCAGAAACUAUUCAAGUGGUAAGCUUUGCUGGCCUUGUUGGUGAUGGAGCGGCUCUGAUAAUUCCAUCAGAAAAGAAUGCUAGGAAUAACAGAGUUCUAUAUUUGAAUAACUCUGAAGAUUCAGUGGAAAAUGAUGUUAAGAAAGGUGGAUUUUCCUUGUGGCUGGAAAAUGGCAACCCAUUUUUAGCAAAACUAAGUUUAAAGGACUGCCUAGACAUCUUUCCCCUUGAGUCAGGUGGAAAAUUGAAUGAGAGCUCUCCUCGGCAUGCAUUUGUCACGAGAAACAGUAAUUCCCAUCAUGUAAAUGGGAAGAGUCCUCAUUCUGAAGAUGAAAAUGAAGAUCUUCUUGCAGAUUUCAUUGAUGAAGAUAGUCAACUCCCUAGUAGGAUAUCCAGAUCCGGCCAUUCAAGAAAGAACUCAUCUUAUGGUAGUGGUGAAGAAGUUUCAGCACAAACAGGAUCAUCACUUUGUCUUUUGAGGUCCAUGGAUAAGUAUGCUAGGCUAAUGCAGAAACUGGAGAUAGUGAAUGUUGAAUUUUUCAAGGGAAUUUGCCAGUUGUUUGGGGUUUUCUUCCAUUUUGUUUUUGAUACAUUUGGUCAGCAGAGCAGUUAUCCUAAUGGAAAAGGCUUGAAUGAUAUGCUUAGUUCUCGGUUGAAGACAACAUUAUCAAGAAUAGCACAAGAUUGUGAGCAAUGGAUUGGACCCCAAUCUGCAUCAUCUUCUUCACCAAAAUCUUUGAAUUCAACUCUGGGUCACAUAGAUGUGAUUCCUACUGGUCCUCCCAGUGCCAACUUUGGUCAGACACAGUCUUUUGGUCUCAAGGAAAGAUGUGCUUCUGCAGACACAAUAUCACUUGUUGCCCGACUAAUGUAUAGAUCCAAGUCUCAUCUUCAAGCAAUGCUUCUGCAGAGCAAUCCAGCAAUUGUCGAAGACUUCUAUACGCAUUUUGUUGAUGCUGCACAAGAUCUUACUCAGCAUAUCCAUAGGACAACCGCCAGAACGCUUCUACAUAUUAAUGGGUACAUUGACCGAAUUGCUAACGCUAAAUGGGAAGUUAAGGAGCUUGGACUUGAGCAUAACGGGUAUGUUGAUUUGCUGUUGGGAGAAUUUAAGCACUACAGAACAAGACUUGUUCAUGGGGGGAUUCAAAAAGAGGUUCAGGAUCUGCUGUUAGAAUACGGAGUUGAGAUUGUUGCUGAAACUCUGGUUGAAGGUCUAUCACGAGUCAAGAGGUGUACAGAUGAGGGACGGGCUCUUAUGUCAUUAGAUCUUCAGGUCUUGAUCAAUGGCCUACAACAUUUUGCAUCGUCCGAUAGUGUGAAACCAAAAUUCCAGAUUGUUGAUACAUUCGUCAAGGCUUACUAUCUGCCAGAAACCGAGUAUGUGCACUGGGCGCGAAUUCAUCAGGAAUAUAGCAAAAGCCAAAUUGUGGGAUUGGUUAACCUUGUAGCUACAAUGAAGGGGUGGAAGCGAAAAACCAGGCUUGAGGUGGUUGAGAAGAUUGAGGGAGCCCCAUAGAUAGCAUAUUUUAUGCUGCAUUAACAUAUAUAGAUAUUUCCACAAUAAUUUCCUCCUGGUGUAUUAUUGAUGUAAAUUUUAUUAUUAUUAUUAUGUUUUUUUUUUCUUUUUUUACAUUCCUUGUUGAUAUAGAUGGAUAGAGAGACAUGUCAAGGUUGUAUAUCAUCUUGUGACAUAAUUUCUUCGUUGGAUGGAGCAAUGCUUGUAAUUUUUGGAUUACAAUGAUCAUAAUAUCAUCAUUUAUAUAAAAGAGAGUUUUACUGUA